CUUCUAAGUGUAUCCUAAUAGAAGGGAGGAGGGUGUGGUUUAAAGGCAUGCUGACAUUUGCAAUCAGCAGUCAGUGAUGAACACCUGUCCAUCGUUACCUUCUCAGUCUGGGAUUGGCCAGUAUUUCCUGUUUCAUUUUUAACCGAUGCUCUGAGAGAGGAAGAUAGCAUUUCAGCUGACAAGCAAAAUGGCCAUGUGGUUUCCUACAAGUCAGUUGCUCCUCAUUGCACUGUUGAGCUGGAAUGUCCAUUCGUUUCCUGUUAAAAACAGCUGGAGCUGGCGUUAUCCUGAUGAAGGCAGUCUCACUAACAUGGAGAUGCCUCCUGGUUAUUCAUUCCAAAGUGCUCCUGCUCUGCGUUCCAGUGCAAUUUACCCUGCUGUUUCAUUCCCAUAUGAAGGAGUGAAUACUAGUCCUGCAAUGUAUCCAGCAAGCCCUACUUCAGACAUAUCCAGUGUAGGUUCACGAGUACACUGGGAACUUCCUACUCCUGCUUCGGAUCCUGUGGAAGAGUCUUCAACUCCCUACACUGAGUCCAGAACAUCUCAGCCCAUACCUGAUAGCCUUCCUCCACCUUUGUUUCAGGCAGGUGAGCUUGAUACCUAUGAACUGAACUCAGAGAUUGGUAAUUCCGAACAUGAAACUGAGGAGUCAAGCUUAAUGCCAACGCCACCACCUCCUCCGUAUCUGGAACCUGAUUUUCAGCCUGGUGAGUUGAGUAACUAUAACUACGUCUUUGAGCAUGGAAAUGCAGAGAGGGAAACAGAAGAACAAGGAUACAUGCCCCGACCUCCCUAUGCCUCAGCUGCACAGGGAGCUGAAGAGUUGUCGUCUGCUUCCAUGUCCGAACUCCCCGUGCAGCCAGUCUCCGAAAAAAUGCAACCACUUGACCUGAAUUACUACCUCUUCUUGACCGGUCAGCUUCCUCCUAGCACUCUCACUCACUUCCAGAAAACCUAUGAGUCUGGCAUAGACGACUGGGCUGAAGACCAUUAUGAGAGAUACGAUCCUAUGGCUGAAAGUCCAACCAUCCCCUCUCAAACGAAGGAGUUUCCCAGUGAUGGACUUUGGCAGCAGCCCCAGUACUAUUCCAAAGCUUAACCAGAACUGUAAGCCUUGUAAACCAACUUGAUGCAAGUCAGGGUAAAGACAGUUGUAGGGUCCCUGCAGUUUACUAAACGUGUACUCAUGUCUGUGUUCAAAUUGCUUGUGACUUCUAAAUAAAAUGUUUUGCUGAAAACUAAA